GCCUCUACCCUGAGGCAAUGACUUUCCCAAAUUCGAAACGAUUAACGCACUCCACAAAGAUGAAAUCUUUCAGUCAAAGCAGUCAAACCUUGUCUUAAAUCGAUAGAAAAUUGCAUAUAUUCAGCCGGAAAAUGGUAAUUAAUAUGGAUUGUUAGUGUGCUAGUUGCUGAUUCAUUUGCAAAGAUUUAAGCGAAAUGAAAGCUUGUUUUAUUUGGUGUUGCUGUAUCAUUAUUCUGCUGGCUGCAGUUGAUCAAGUGCAGAGCUCAAACCUCACGGGUACACUUCGAUUCAAACGCAUGCUGCUGUCUUUAAUUAAAAUAUGUCCCAAAAAUACAGUCUUGACUGUCAACAAUCGCUGUCGCAAGUUGAGUGCUAAGUUUGAUCUGUUUAUUUUGCAUGACAUUUUAAUUAUUUUUCAUUUCAACAGAGAGCUUAAUGAUGAGAGAACAAAGAUCCCAAGCAAUCCCACAGCUGUGCGCACAACAAUUCUUUUGUUGAACUAAAGAUUUUCCAGUAUCUUCAUAUUUAUUCUGACAUCAAGACACUCGAACACUCACUCAUCUGCUCAAUCAUCAUCGGUAUGGACAUCUACAAGUUUUCUUUGCUCUGUGCUCUGCUGGGUGGAGCCAUCCUCCAACUGACUGUCGCCCAGGCCAAGAACUGCUCCAACACCUGUAUUUCCACUGUACGUUGUUCGCCCUACUUCAAGGAGCUUGUCUGGACUGUGGAGCCCAGCGGUUGUCGCGUCUAUCAAAAUGCUUGCAUCUUUCGCAACGAGAACUGCUCGAGGGCCAAUCAAUGCUUGCCACCUUUGGUUGCCACUACUCGGAUGAAGUGUCAUCAGUUUUGCCGGCGACGCUGCCAACGUGCGGGUGUUAAAGUUUGUGGCUGGUUCCCGUACAGCGACAGUGCCGGUCGCUACAUGUCCUACCCGAAUCGUUGUCUGAUGGAUCAGUUUGCCUGCCAGCAUGCUCAGGCUUAUGUAGGUGAACCAACACAGGGUUCCUGCCCAAUCAACACUUAGGAAAUUCAAAACAGAAACCAAGUCUCAAAUAUGGUCACAACUCAUGACAAUUUUUGGCUCACUUUAUAUUUCCUAAAUUUUAAUUCAAUUAAAUAGAUGACAUAAUACAAA